AUGGGCACGUGGCAUCUCGAGCUCAACAAAAUGUGUUGCACGGCCACGAUGAGUGCAUGCGAAAAGUCAAGUCGCUGGGAAUCAGCGCUGCACCUUUAUCGUUUGCUCGAAGCCUCUGUUGGCCAACCUGGUGCUGUUGCUCGGUGCUUGCUCAUUGAUGCGUUCUCUGCGGCCAGCAUUUGGGAGCACUCGCUGUCCGUCUUCUCGUCGAUGAUGUCCCUCAGGUAUGAGGCCGAUGCAGUUGGCUGCAGUGCUGUGAUGAGAGCAUGCGAGCGCCGGGGGCAAUGGAGACAGGUGUUGGCUCUGUGGCCGCAUCUACAGCAGUUGCAGUGGCGUGGUCACAUUGACAGCACGGACACGGAGCCUUUUGAAUUGCGCUCUGUCGGUCCAGCGGAUGUCACUGCUUGCCUAGAGCGAGCCCUGGAACACCAGUGGCUCCUUGGCUAUCCUCUUCUACCUCCAGGGGAGGACCAGCUCACUCACGGACUGUACAAGUACAUGGCCGGAAUGCAAGCGAUGACGGCUCGAGAGUUGCUCAGUCUUGUGGUGGAGCAUGGUUCUGUCCUGGAUCCGUUUUGUGGCUCUGGGACAGUCCUUAUCGAAGCCUGCGCUUCGGGAAGACCUGCAAUCGGCUGCGACCUGUCGCCGCUGGCAAGUUUCGUUGCUUCGCAGCAUGUGGAUACGGAGGACAUGGAUUUGGCGGCUUUUGAUGCCGCGGUGAUGCAGGUGGUUCGUGGUAUCAGCCUGAGCACGGAUCCAUGGAAGCAGCUCCAGACAAACAUCAUGGCAUUAGACGAUUCUGCCAUUCGAAGAGGUUUGCAGUUCACAUACUUGGUCGCUUCCCAAGUAUCUGAAGACGAGAAGUAUUUGCAGUCCUCGGACAAGCUUCAGCAAGUUCAGCUGAAGGAGGCGGCACCGCGUUUCCGGGGCACAGCCCGACUGGUUAUGGCACGGUUGCGGUCGUUGCGGGCGUGCAGUGGCAGACGGGCGGAAGUGAUCCAAGGGGACUUCAGAGACCUGCGUUUGGCAAAGCCUGUGUAUGCGAUCAUUACCAGUCCUCCAUAUCCUGGCGUCUACGACUACCUGACGACAGCAGAGUCAGCAUGGCCCAUCUUGGGAUCCAGGUGCAGGCUUACCUCAGAGGAGAAACGGCUAGAAAUUGGACGACGAACUCUGUGGCAGAAGCACAGCUUUGAGGAGUUUGCAGCAUCAUGGCAGCGUGAGCAAGAGCAGUGGCUCCAAGCUGCUUGGAGCCUUUUGCUGCCAGGAGGAACCGCUUCUCUAAUGAUCGGCGAUGGUGACAGAGAUGCAAGCGAGGACGGUGCCUUUGACAACCUUCGUUGCACCGUUGAUGCUGCAGAGAAGGUUGGCUUUCAAGUGGUGGCCACAUCUACGAUAGCUUCCAAGCGAACCAGUCCAUCCGACCGCUCCAGGGGAAGGAGACCAGAGGCGAUGCUUGCCAAGCUGGAGCGAAAAGGAGGUUCUGCCGAUCUUUUCUGGCUCGGAGGCCAGGAAUGCCGGAAGAAGUAUCCGAUCAUCAAGGAGUACACGGAUAGAGCCAUCUUGAAGAUCCGGCAUCACAGAGAAGAUGCCUCGAGAAACGGGCACGGCUCAGGCUCUGGCUUGGGCACGUCCGACUUCCCCUUGGACGAGGUCUUGCGAGCCAUCCUCAUGGCCUGCGAAACGUUUCACAACAAGAUCGUGAUGAUUUCGCUCUCUUGUUUGCAGAGGCUGAUCCAUCGAGAAGCGCUGAAAGAGGAGACGGUUGCUAUUGUGGUAAAUCUCAUGAAGGAACAGGCAGCGAAUGGCGAUGAGACAGUGCAGCUCAAGGUUUUACAAACAAUCAUGGCAACGCCGUCUCACAUCAAGCUUUUGAACGAGACGGUGGUGGAGCAGUUGAUGCAGUUGCUGUACAGCUUGCACAACUCCUCGAAUGCCAGCGUCCAUCACACAGCUUGCGCGGGUCUGCGACAGCUUGCAGAACACUUGGCUGACCAAGCGGCCCAAGCAGCUACUCAGAUGGAGCUGCCCACUGCUGGCGAGUUUCAGAACAUUCGCACCAGCCUCAGGUCGCCUGCCUACCACGGCGACCGGGAGAGUGGCAGCCCAGGUGGCGAGUGCUUCGUGGACAUGACGCCCUCCCUGGGCAGGAUGUCGGCAGACCAGUGGCGCUGGCCAAGCUGGCAGGCCUUUUGUGAGGAUCGAGGCCUCUCCGGCAUCGUUCUCUACGGAGGUUUGCUUUAUCUGAGACCGCCUGGGCCUGGAAGCCAACUCCUUGCUGCUGCGACGGUGCAACCCGGUGUUGACCUCCUCGUCAGGCCUGCGCAAGCAGCGACCGAUGAGCCCGAGGAUGCGUCUGCACUACGAAUUGCCGUCGUCGCCACCCAGGAUGAGUUCGAUGAAACGAGUCUUUUUGCAGCACGCUCAGACUUGGGAAUGGUGUCAACAACUGGCAACGGGCGGCGCUACGCUGCGCAGGCGCUGUUGCGCGACAUCAUGUGCACAGAAGGUGUCCUGCUGACGGCGCUAUUGAUCUAUGACUGGAAGAACGACUCCACCGAAAGCUCUGGCAAUUGGGCGCUGCCCGAGGAAGGACCGCAGCGUUGCACGGUAGCCCUACGUGGUGGGAAGCAGGUGACCGCAUGGCGAGGGUCGAUGACCCAGCUCAUGGGUGCAUGUGCUGGGGAUCUGGUGGUGGACGUGGCAGUGUCCAUCCAAGCAAGGCGAAGCUGCCUGGAGAUACUGAGGAGUAUCAGUUCCAAGAAGUGCGUGGUCAUGGGCCAUGACUACAAUCUUCCAUUUGGACCGUGGGGUAUGGAAGCGGAGCCGACAUCGUUGGCUGUUCAUCGAGAACUGCUUCAGAAUCCGAACCUCGUGAUGUUCUGCACCUCCCAGCACCUCUGCAAUUUCGUGGAGCGCUUUUCGGAGGGUGGUGUUCAGACAUGCCUGUGCCACUGCGCUGACUAUGGCUACUUCGACAGCAUCCACGGUUUCUCGCCUCCGGCCUUGUGCGACAAGGGGCAGUAUGUCACCUUCAUCAGUCCUUGCCCAGCAAAGGGCCUUGCAGUGGUACUGCGCCUGGCCUUGAUGUUUGCCGACAUCCAGUUCCUGUGCGUCAGCACUGGGUGGACAAAGACUUUGCACGAGGUCCAGUUGCGAGCACAUCCCAAUAUCACCAUAGUGGCGGGGACUGACAACAUCGAAGAAAUCUACCGGCAGACAGCGGUCCUGCUGAUGCCUUCGCUUUGGCAAGAGUCCUUUGGCCUGGUUGCUGUGGAGGCACAGCUCCGUGGUAUCCCUGUUGUGAGCACCGCAGCCUGCGGCCUAAGGGAGGCAAACUUCCUUGAGGAGCUGCAGGUGCAAAACGUGCGUCUCGUGCACGACUCCAGGACUCGUGAGAUGCUUCGUGGCAUCACCAUGGAAGAUGCAGAGCUCACUCUCAACCCUUUGCGGCCGGGUCAUGACAGCACAAAAGGCAGUCGCUGGUAUGUGCACGUGGCUCAUACGAUCGUGGCCACGGAGGCGGAGGCUGCAGGCUUUGCCAAGCUUGUGCAGUCAAUGACGUUUCAAGACGACAACACCUCGGAAGCAUUGCCAGAGAGCGGCGGGCAGCUCAGCAAGCCACUGACAGUCUCUGGCAUCCAUCGCAAGCGCCGUCUCGGAGCCAAGGUGGUGCCGAGGUUCUGUGAUGCGGCGGGCGCCCGUCGGAAAGCUGCCAGGAAUAUGAGCGCGGUCACUGCAUCCUUAGCAGAGAAAGCACAGGUCAUGGCGGAUUACGAUGUCUCCAGCAUGUCCACCAGAUACUCAAUGGACCCGAGUGAAAGGAUGCGCACAGGAAACAGAGAGGGUUACUGGCUGGCCAACGUCAAGUUUCCGCGGCCGCUUUGCUUGGAGCUCCUCGGAGCUUGCAUCUCUUCGCACCCGUCCAUUUUCAAGGCUGUUCCAGCCUGCUUUGCUCUGCUGCGCCACAAUGUGUGUGCAGCCCUUCUGAAGAAUUUGCGUGGCUGCUUUGACUUCGCCAUCCUGAUCCGCAGCGUGCAGCUGCUUCAGCAGAUCUUUCACCCCGCGCUGGCUGCGGACAUGCUGCCAGAGCUUCAGGUGUUUCUCCACCUCAUGCUUGAUUUAACCAAUGCGGAGCGCUCCUUGUGGCAGAGGGCGACAUCGCUCGAGUUCUUGAGAUCCGUUUGUGAGGAUCCAAUGACCAUCGCUGUGCUGUAUAGCUCGGGCCCCUGCAGUUUCGGCCUUUGCUUUGGUGCAGGCAAGUAUCGCGAAGUGGCAUGUGCUGGCAUGUGUGCAGCCGUGGUAGUGGGAGCAGGUUCUUCAGAAUUGGAGCAGCCGAAGCUAUUCUUGGAGCUCGUGAACGCGUUGGGGACAUUGUCAAUCCUCGCCGUCGCCGCAAUCGGCGACCCCACAGGUGCCCGAGCAGGCAACCCCUCCGGGGGGACGAACGCCCAAGGGCCGCAGGCAAGCCCGAAGCGUGCCCGCGAAGUUCGGGAAGAGGAGGGGGACGAGACUCGAGACACGUCGCCCCCCCUGACCCUGGCUGCACUACAGCAGGCCCUGCAGCUCAACCAGCAACAGAUCACCGACACAAUCCAGGAGAGCAUUGCUGGAAUCGGCCAACGUGUGGCCCAAGUCGAAGUCAACAUGGAUGAGCACGUCAAGCGCACCACCGAGCUCCUGGGGGCAAUGACAGACAGGCAUGUCCAUAUCGAGCAAUCAGUGAACAAAGUGGUGACGGGACACGAAGACCUUGCCAGACGAUUGGAGUUGCUGGAAGGGAAGUUCGCUACGGCCAGCUUCUCUACAGCGAGCACCCGCACCGAUCCCGGGGGACAUGAUGCCGCCCCUCGGCCGGCCAUUGUGGUAGGUGGAUGGGACAACGACCAAAGCGCUGAAGAGACCCUGGAACUUGUCAAGAAACACUUGACAGAAUUGCAGUGUGAUCUGGACCUGGGGGACGCCUUUGUCCCUGGACUCCGCAGAGGUUUCGCCAUAGUCCCGAUUGGGCCCCGCAGGGAUGAAGCUGUGUUUGAUUACAGACGGCGGAUCAGAGAAGUCCUUCAGCGAGGCCGCGAGGCGAAGAUCGUCACGGGAGCCAGGCCCCAAGGCGGGGAACGUCACCUCUGGGCGGCCAUGAGUGAAAGUCCGGAAAGACGCCGACGAGCCCAAUUCGCGGGCAAGGUCAAACGACUGAUCUUGGAGGAAUCCGGCGAUCGCAACAAAUUGGAGGUCGAGUUCGGGGCGGGGAACGUCUGGUACAGCAAAGUUCGCAUCGCAAGCGCCGUCCUGAUGGCACCAGAUGAAGCGGAUAAGGACACCGACCGCGGGGACAUGCAUGUUUUUACCUGGAACGUUGGAGGCCUCACACCAGAUGAUGCCCUCCGGCUACUGGGGGAUUUUCGAAAAGAACGAAUUCAUCCUUUCGACGAGCCCUUCGUCGCACUCCUCCAAGAGGUGAUUGUCGAUGAUGGCAAGACUGAGUAUGAGAAGGGGGACUUGCAGAUGAUCGCGGGGAAGCAGGUCCACGACAAACGCGACCUGGCCCGCAGUGAUCACGAGCCCGUUUCCGUGAAGUUAGCUCAACCAGUUCCCCUGCCACAGCUGAAAGCCGCGAAGACGUGGGGGACCAGGAAGCUUCGCACCAGCGACAAGAUCGAGCACGCCCUUCAGAACUUUGCAAUGACCUCCACGGACCCCAUCAAACUGAUCGCCGACAUCUCCGUGGCGAUCACCACGCCUGGACGGCGCCUCGAGGUCUUCCGCGAGAGCAUUGAGACUCGACGUCUCCGGAGGCACAUAUUGCAGAUGCCGGCGGGGGACGAUCGUAAACAGCAAUGGAAAGCCCUAGCAAAGCAAAGAAGAGCCGAGCACCGCAACUGGAAAACCGAGCAGCUCACGCUCGCGGGCAAGCAGUGGUGGCAGGCGAAACGCGCGGUGGACAACGAGAAACACGACAAUGCAUGGGAACUUCGGCUUCGCAGUGACGACAGGUGGCGGGACACCCUUACAGAACACUUUGGCAGCAUUUUCCACAAGGGGGACAUCGAAGUGGUUGCACGCCGCCUCGCGACAAUCACGCACCGCAUUACGAGGCGAUGCAAGCUCUUCCCAUGGCGCCCCUUUAGCGAAGAGGAGUUGAAAGCUGUUCGGAAACGAUGGAAAAACUCCAAGGCUUGCGGCCCUGACAGCAUCUCUCAUGAGGCCUUAAAGGUCCUGGAACAGGACGACCACUG